CAGUAGACAUGUAUAGUGGAGUGUGGGGAAACUCUAGGCGGGGUUAAAGUUCAGCUCAUGGAGCGGCAAUAACGCUGGCUGGCUGCAGUUGAGCCGAGUUGGAAAUGUGAACGCAAGAAGCAGGCUUGAUUUUUUUUCUCCCCCCUUCUCUCUCUCUCUUCCUCUCUCCCUCUCUUUCUCCUUUUGCACCCACACUCACGCACACCUCCAAACCACACACCCAGCCGCACACACACACCCCACCGCACGGCAGUUAUGUAUUCUCCGCUCUGUCUCACCCAGGAUGAGUUUCAUCCUUUCAUCGAAGCACUUCUGCCCCACGUCCGAGCCUUCGCCUACACAUGGUUCAACCUGCAGGCCCGAAAACGAAAAUACUUCAAAAAACAUGAAAAACGUAUGUCAAAAGAAGAAGAGAGAGCCGUGAAGGAUGAGUUGCUAAGUGAAAAACCAGAGGUCAAGCAGAAGUGGGCAUCCAGACUUCUGGCAAAGUUACGGAAAGAUAUCCGACCCGAGUACCGAGAGGAUUUUGUUCUUACAGUUACAGGAAAAAAACCUCCAUGUUGUGUUCUUUCCAACCCAGACCAGAAAGGCAAGAUGCGAAGAAUUGACUGCCUCCGCCAGGCAGAUAAAGUCUGGAGGUUGGACCUUGUUAUGGUGAUUUUAUUUAAAGGUAUUCCGCUCGAAAGUACUGAUGGUGAGCGCCUUGUAAAGUCCCCACAGUGCUCGAAUCCAGGGCUCUGUGUCCAGCCCCAUCACAUAGGGGUUUCUGUUAAGGAACUCGAUUUAUAUUUGGCAUACUUUGUGCAUGCAGCAGAUUCAAGUCAAUCUGAAAGUCCCAGCCAGCCAAGUGACGCUGACAUCAAGGACCAGCCAGAAAAUGGACACUUGGGCUUCCAGGACAGUUUUGUCACAUCUGGUGUUUUUAGUGUGACUGAGCUAGUAAGAGUGUCACAGACACCAAUAGCUGCAGGAACUGGCCCGAAUUUUUCUCUCUCAGAUUUGGAAAGUUCUUCAUACUACAGCAUGAGCCCAGGAGCAAUGAGGAGGUCUUUACCGAGCACGUCCUCUACCAGCUCCACAAAGCGCCUCAAGUCUGUGGAGGAUGAAAUGGACAGUCCUGGUGAAGAGCCAUUUUAUACAGGCCAAGGGCGCUCCCCAGGAAGUGGCAGUCAGUCAAGCGGAUGGCAUGAAGUGGAGCCAGGAAUGCCAUCUCCAACCACACUGAAGAAGUCGGAGAAGUCUGGUUUUAGCAGCCCCUCGCCUUCGCAGACCUCCUCCCUGGGAACAGCAUUCACACAGCAUCACCGACCUGUCAUUACAGGACCCAGAGCCAGUCCACAUGCAACACCAUCGACUCUUCAUUUUCCGACAUCACCCAUUAUCCAGCAGCCUGGGCCUUACUUCUCACACCCAGCCAUCCGCUAUCACCCUCAGGAGACGCUGAAAGAGUUUGUCCAACUUGUCUGCCCUGAUGCUGGUCAGCAGGCUGGACAGGUGGGGUUCCUCAAUCCCAAUGGGAGCAGCCAAGGCAAGGUGCACAACCCAUUCCUUCCCACCCCAAUGUUGCCACCGCCACCGCCACCACCGAUGGCCAGGCCUGUGCCUCUGCCGGUGCCAGACACAAAGCCUCCAACCACGUCAGCAGAAGGAGGUGCAGCCUCCCCGACCUCACCAAUCCUGGUACCUGGGAUAAAAGUCGCAGCGUCCCACCAUCCACCAGACAGACCACCUGACCCCUUCUCAACUCUGUAACAUGGACGCAACCUCAACCCAGCGCAGUUACAACUUCACUGUCAGUGGAAGGGGAGAAAAACCGAUUCAAAUCAAUUUGUACAAGGAAACAGCAAGCAUUAUGGUCAAACAGCAAAGGCCAUAACCUUUUGGGAUUUUUUUUUAAAAUACUUUAGGGACUGUUGUAAUUUUCUCAUAUGGUGCUGGAAAUGGUUGGGCUUUGUAACAUAUGAAGUGUUUCCGUGGUAGCGUGAGCAUUAGGUGAUGUGGAUAGAGGAGGUCAACCCUUGCUCACUGACUUCCCGUUGUAACACACUUCCCUUACGGAGCCUGGCUGUUUCACAGUAUUUCAUGAAUUUACCCACACCGGUGUGAUCCUCGAGCAAUCGAGAGGCACACGGAGAACUAAAUCUUUUGUAGUAGCUGAGAUCUGCAAUAUAUAACUUACGGGACAGUCAAAGGGCAAUGUUUUCUGUAACAUUUUGGAAAAAGAAAAUGCGGUUACGUUCCUGUUUUAUUUUUUCUUUUAGUUUGGUUUGGUUCAGCAGUUAGCAGUUCAGCAUAUAACAUGGCCCGCAAGGACGAUGAAUUCACUCACGUUGCAGAACAAUUCCGAAAAUGGCAAACUACUACUACUACUAUUCAGUUUUUUAAAAGUUUUGAAAUGCUGCACUUACAUUAAAAAAAAAAAAACAAAAAAAAACUUUUUUUUCAACAAUUUCAACAAUGACACAAAAAUUCAUAGGGAAAUGGGGAAGAUGGUCUGUUUUGACAGAAACUGACAGGAAUCAAUCAAAACAAUCGAAUUUUGAAUUGAGUAAAGUGCAAUUUCAUUGGAUAGCUAAAUAUCUUUGUAAGAUAGAGAUUGUUGAAAAUUCUAUUUUUGUUUUUCAAGUCCUUCCACCCCAGGACUCUAAAUUAUUGGGGUAAAAAACAGCCUUGCAAGAAAAAGGGGAGCUAUUUUUGCUUUUUAUGUUUUUUAUUGUUAAACUUGUAUCCCUUUAAAAACU